AUGUGCAGACUCGUCACACCCACCCAGUUGUAUACAUUCGUCGCACAUCAUGAGUCCUCUUCCAGAUCUUUCCAUGAACGCUUGACUCAAAAAAUCUCGUCUUCUGACGGCAAGCUUUGGACAGCUGCUCUAGAACCAUGUGCCUCAGAGGUGGUUUUCCGGAAACUACAGGAGGAUGCAUACAGAAGCAGAUAUAGUUGA